AUGGGAUGCGCUACGUUAGAUGUUGUAUGGAAAGGAAGUCUCUAUAAAUUGGUCUGGGUGGAUUUACUCGGAUAUCUGUCUAUUCAUUACGUCCUCCAACUCAUUUACUGGGUAGCUCUAAAUAGCUCUCAAAGAACACUCUUUAAUAUAGUCGUGGAUUACUGUGAAAAAAUCCGUGGUCAAGUUCCUGUUUCCUUUCUCCUUGGAUUCUUUGUUUCUGGUGUGAUUGGGCGAUGGUUUGAUACCUAUAUGUAUAUUCCUUGGUUGAAUGACAUUAGCUAUCAAGUUGCGUCAGCGGUGAAUUGUGCUGAUCCUAGGGUUGCCUUGAGAGCUCGUAUGACUGUGAUGCGUUAUCUCAAUCUCUCGUGGAUUCUUAUGUUGCGAACGAUUAGUGACCGAAUUUCAAACAGAUUUCGACAACAAUCCACUGGCCUUGGGAGUCGAAAGCGUCAACGAAUUCGGCGAAAUACACAGAAUGUGUUUCCUAACGAAUCUGAUCCGAUUAAACCCAAAGAGGGCACAAGGAAGCGUGCCACUUCACCUCUGCUACCUUGUCCAACCUCAUCAGACCACGGAACGGAGCAGCAGAGACAUUCAUCAACAGCAUCCGGAUUUUUUAGCUUCAGUAACGCAGAUAAUGACCUCUUCGAGGCACCUGACGACGAUGGAAUUCGUGAGACUUUAAAAAGCUUUAACAAUGACAAGAAGGUUCAACAAACAUUUGGAAAAAUUAUAACGGAAGAAGAAAUCCGAGCUUUCGAGAAUAUAGCUCAAAGAUUCUUCUGCAGAACUCGUAAACGCUAUCUUCCUGAGUAUUGGGUCCCAAUCCAAUGGGCUGUCCGAGUAGUUCAAAAGGCUGCUCUCCAUGGCUGUAUUCCGGAUUCAAAGAUUAUGGUGGCUCUCUGUAAUGAAAUAGGAAGAUACCGGCAUUCCCUGCAACAGCUAAAAACUUUUAGCAGCUUAGCAAUGCCCCUUGUGUAUACCCAAGUUGCAGUAAUCGCUGUCUACAGUUAUUUCCUCUGCCAGAUCCUCGCAACGCAGUACACAGAACGAAUAGUUAACGAAACUGUUGUCACACCAAAUAUGUCACUACCUAUAUUCUCCAUAUUCUACUUCGUCUUUCUCAUUGGUUGGUUGAAGGUUGCUCUGUGUGUGAUGAAUCCUUUUGGUGAGGACUACGAGGAUUUCGAGACAUCAGAAAUCCUGGACUACAAUCUGGACGUCAGUCACCGAAUUGUCCUGAUGGAUGAAACUACUUACCCGGAGGAUCUUAAGAGGGCCACUUUCGCUGUUCGAACCAUAGAUGGAGCUGCAAAUGACAAUUUAAAUGACUUCUUAGAUAGCGUCUCACGAGAUUUGGACGAUGUUCAAUUUGACGAAAAUGCAUACGACAUUCAUAAUCUAGAAAUACGACCGAAUUUCUUUGGCCGAUUGAAGGAGAGAUUUUUGGAGAAAACUGAAAAGACUCGAAGAUUCAUAGAUGAGAGAGAACGAAUAGCCCUACCAAAUCCUCUAUCCUACUGA